GCCGCACUGUUUGCGCUCGGGCAGAAAUCUGGCCAGGGAAGGAGCCUGUCCGGGCAGAGAGGAGCGCCCUCCUGCCACGUGAGAGGCCGGCAGACGGAAGCAAGAACGAACGAUACACCCCUCGCCUGGCGCCUGAGGAAUGUGAAGCAGUAAAUAGAAUGGAUCCAUUAUCAGGUGCCAGAUCAAUUGAUGUUUGUGUGGAGGGAAUGACAUGCAAUUCUUGUGUACAGACUAUCGAGCAGCAUAUUGGAAAACUAAAUGGGGUUCACCACAUUAAAGUUUCACUGGAAAAUAAGAAUGCAGCCAUUAUUUAUAACCCCCAAAAGCAAACUCCACAAUCACUACAAGAAGCUAUAGAUGACAUGGGAUUUGAUGCUACACUUGCUAAUGCAAACUCUAAACCUGUUUUAGCAGACACCAUUUUUCUUACAAUACCAGCUCAAUCAGCAUUGACAUGUGAAGAAAUCCGUACCAACCUCCUGCAAACGAAGGGCAUCUUGGAUGUGAAAAGCUCUUCCGACAGAAAGUCUGUAGUUGUAACAUUUGUCUCCUCUAUUAUAAAUGGCAAGCAGAUCAACCAAAUAGUGCCAAGAUUCAGUUCAGAGAAUGUAGUGCAUGAAAUGAAUCCUGGUAUGUCAGAAGAUUCAAAUUUACUCCAAACAAGCGAUGUUGCAUUAAGGAUGAAAGUAGAGGGGAUGACCUGCCAUUCUUGCACUAGCACUAUUGAAGGAAAGAUUGGGAAACUGCAAGGUGUCACACGCAUUAAAGUCUCCCUGGACAAUCAGGAAGCUGUGGUGGUUUAUCAGCCUCAUCUCAUCACAUCAGAGGAAAUAAAAAACCAAAUAGAAGCUGCCGGUUUCACGGCAUCAAUAAAGAAGCAGCCUAAGCCCCUCAAACUUGGUGCUAUUGAUGUAGAGCGGCUGAAGAACACACAAACCAAAUGCUCAGAAAAAGCUCCGCAAGAAUCUCCAGAAUACACACAAUGUUUGAAGACCAUAACAUUCCGAGUUGAUGGCAUGCACUGCAAUUCAUGUGUCUUCAAUAUUCAAAGUAGCAUAUCAGCACUCCCUGCAGUAACUAGUAUAGUGGUUUCUUUGGAGGAAAAAUCUGCCACUGUAAAGUACAAUCCCAGCCUAAUCAGCAUAGGUGCACUGAGAAGAGCCAUAGAAGCAGUAUCCCCAGAAACCUUUAAGGUCAGCCUUUUUGACGGACAUGAAAACGCUGCUCUUCUGAACACACCUAAAUCUCCACUGAAAUCUCCAAGAGCUGUCAACAGCAUCAUGCACCAUCCCUUGACAUGUGUUACUGUGAUAAAUAUAGAAGGAAUGACCUGCAAUUCUUGUGUACAGUCAAUUGAGAGAGUAAUUUCCCAGAGGCCAGGAGUGAAGGCAAUACAUGUAUCUCUUCUGAACCAUAAUGGGACUAUAGAAUAUGACCCCAUGCAGACCUCUCCAGAUGACUUAAGGAAUGGCAUUGAGGAUAUGGGUUUUGAUGCAUCCUUAACAGGACCCACAAGCACAGAACCUUUUGUGCUAAUAACUCAGCCCUCACAGGAAAGGCUGGCAGAAUCUCAGGAUAAUAAACACUUCAAAAUGGAAGCUCACUCCAACCUCUCCCCUGUCCACAAUAAGCAGGAUGCAAAUGCACCUUCCAAGUGUUACAUUCAAGUCACUGGCAUGACGUGUGCUUCCUGUGUGGCAAACAUUGAAAGGAAUCUGAAGAGAGAAGAUGGAAUACACUCUGUUCUUGUUGCUCUAAUGGCUGGGAAGGCAGAAGUGAGGUAUAAUCCUUCCAUCAUCCAGCCAUCAGCUGUAGCGGAAUUGAUUAGGGAGCUGGGAUUUGGAGCUACAGUUCUGGAGAACUAUGAUGAAGGAGAUGGCAUCCUGGAACUUGUCGUGAGAGGAAUGACAUGUGCCUCAUGUGUUCAUAAAAUAGAAUCCACACUUAUGAAAACAAAAGGGGUUCUGUACAGCUCUGUAGCACUUGCAACAAAUAAAGCACAUAUUAAGUAUGAUCCUGAGAUAGUUGGCCCAAGAGAUAUUAUACGGAUUAUAGAGAAUUUAGGAUUUAAUGCUGUGCUGGUGAAGAAAGAUAGAUCUGCUAGUCACUUAGAUCACAAACAGGAGAUAAGGCAAUGGAAACGAUCCUUCCUCGUAAGCCUAAUUUUCUGCAUUCCUGUAAUGGGGCUGAUGAUUUACAUGAUGGUUAUAGACAGCCAGAUGUCAUCCAUGCACAAGAUGGUAAACAUGACCAAAGAAGAAAUGGAAGCAUAUCAUUCAUCAAUGUUCUUAGAGCGCCAGAUCCUUCCUGGCUUGUCUGUUAUGAAUUUGCUCUCCUUUCUGUUGUGUGUCCCUGUGCAGUUAUUUGGUGGCUGGUAUUUCUACAUCCAAGCUUACAAAGCACUGAAGCAUAAGACUGCCAAUAUGGAUGUGCUGAUCGUUUUGGCGACCACCAUUGCAUUUGCCUACUCCUUUGUUAUUCUUUUGGUUGCAAUGGUUGAGAGGGCAAAAGUCAACCCUGUGACUUUCUUUGACACACCACCCAUGCUCUUUGUAUUCAUUGCAUUGGGGCGAUGGCUGGAGCACGUGGCCAAGGGUAAAACAUCAGAAGCCCUUGCAAAACUAAUUUCACUACAAGCAACAGAAGCAACUAUUGUUACUUUAGGCCCAGACAACAUCCUCUUGAGUGAAGAGCAAGUUGAUGUUGAGCUGGUUCAGCGUGGUGACAUUGUCAAAGUGAUUCCAGGAGGCAAGUUUCCAGUGGACGGCCGUGUUCUUGAGGGACAUUCUAUGGUGGAUGAAUCACUCAUCACAGGUGAAGCUAUGCCUGUGACUAAAAAACCUGGCAGUACAGUCAUUGCAGGCUCUAUUAACCAGAAUGGAUCACUGCUGAUCUCUGCAACCCAUGUUGGAUGUGACACUACUCUCUCCCAGAUCGUCAAACUUGUGGAAGAAGCACAGACAUCCAAGGCUCCAAUUCAGCAGUUUGCAGACAAACUUAGUGGCUACUUCGUUCCAUUUAUUGUUGGUGUUUCUGUGCUUACACUUUUUGCCUGGAUAGUGAUCGGAUUUGUGGAUUUCGACAUUGUGGAAACCUAUUUUCUUGGGUACAAUAAGAGCAUUUCUAGAGACGAAGUGAUAAUCCGCUUUGCUUUCCAAGCCUCCAUUACAGUGCUUUGUAUUGCUUGCCCGUGUUCUUUGGGGCUAGCAACCCCAACAGCUGUGAUGGUGGGUACUGGUGUAGGAGCACAAAAUGGCAUCUUGAUCAAAGGUGGAGAACCUCUAGAGAUGGCUCACAAGGUUAAGGUUGUGGUAUUUGAUAAGACAGGGACCAUCACCCAUGGAACUCCAGUGGUGAUGCAGGUGAAGAUCCUAGUGGAGAGUAACCGGAUGCCACGCAAUAAGAUUUUGGCACUAGUGGGAACCGCUGAGAGCAACAGUGAGCACCCCCUGGGAGCAGCUAUUACCAAAUACUGCAAACAGGAAUUGGACACAGACACCCUUGGAACUUGUACUGAUUUUCAAGUAGUCCCUGGCUGUGGCAUUAGCUGUAAAGUCACCAAUAUUGAAGCCCUGCUGUGCAGCAGGAGUGAGACCAUGGAAGAGAACAAUGUCAGGAAUUCAGCCCUUGUGAAAAUGGAUGAGAAGAUUGAGGAAAUUAUGCAACCCGCCUUGAUUAUUGAUGAGCAGUUGCCAACUACUUGGGGUUCCCACAAGUAUUCUAUUCUAAUUGGAAACCGGGAGUGGAUGUCUAGAAAUGGUCUGCUUGUCAGAAAUGAAGUUGAUAAUGCCAUGAUUGAGCACGAACGUCGAGGUCGCACUGCUGUUCUUGUGGCUGUGGAUGGAGAACUCUGUGGCUUGGUAGCUAUUGCUGAUACUGUGAAACCUGAAGCAGAGCUGGCAGUCCGUACUUUGAAGGCUAUGGGUUUAGAAGUUGUUCUGAUGACUGGUGAUAACAGCAAAACAGCCAGGUCUAUUGCCUCUCAGGUUGGCAUCACUAAAGUGUUUGCUGAGGUCCUUCCCUCGCACAAGGUUGCCAAAGUAAAGCAACUGCAGGAAGAAGGGAAACGAGUAGCAAUGGUGGGGGAUGGGAUCAAUGAUUCCCCUGCUCUUGCCAUGGCUGAUGUUGGAAUUGCCAUUGGCACAGGCACAGAUGUGGCCAUUGAGGCAGCAGAUGUGGUUUUGAUUAGGAAUGAUUUGCUGGAUGUGGUGGCAAGCAUAGAUUUAUCACGGAAGACUGUUAGAAGGAUACGAAUCAACUUUGUCUUUGCUCUCAUUUAUAAUCUUGUCGGAGUUCCUGUAGCUGCUGGCGUCUUCCUUCCAGUUGGUUUGGUUCUGCAGCCUUGGAUGGGCUCUGCAGCAAUGGCUGCCUCUUCCGUUUCUGUUGUGUUGUCUUCUCUGCUCCUAAAAUUCUAUAAGAAACCUACCUAUGAGAAAUAUGAACGGCGUACCCAUGGCCAGGUGAGGCAGAAGAGCCCUUCUGAAAUCAGUGUCCACAUUGGAAUUGAUGAAACUGGACCAAGAUCCCCAAAGCUGAACCUCAUGGACCGAAUUGUCACUUACAGCCGAGCUUCCUUAAACUCCCUCUUCUCUGACAAGCGGUCCCUCAGCAGCAUAGUCCUCAGUGAGCCAGACAAGCACUCCCUUCUAGUUGUAGAUUCCCGGGAGGAAGACGAUACAACUCUCUGAAAGGCUUCUUUUUGCUGAGAAGUGGACUUGGUCUCUCUUCAUGCACUGAUCAAUUCUGGAGGUUGACCAGCUGCACUGUGUUUCUGAUUGUUUUGAAUUGGAUUCGAAUUGCUCAAUUGACCAGGGCAAUUCUACCCCCACCCCCACAAAAAAUCACUUCUAACUCAAGAGGUUGGCGAUUUCUGCAGUGCUUUGCCAGUAUUAGCAAGCCAGAGUUUAUCCAAAAAUCAACACUCGCAAGCCACAGUAUGCACUGGAAGCCAGUGCAGAGCAAGACACUGCUGACACCGCUGAGCUGCUGGAAUCAUGAAAGGGCAGUCACCAGCACAUGGUUUCUAGGCCAUGUCUUUGCAUGCAAUGAGACAUUUUUAUAGAGCGUGAACAAGUAAGGAUAGAAACCAUGACUUCUUUUUUCCUUUCCUUUUUUUUUUUUGAAACACAGAUGUGCCUUAUUUUGUAACGGUUAUCUUUAUAAUUUCUUCCUAGUUUGCUAUGUGUAAAAUGGCAUUUUUCAGAAAACAUUGCAACACAGGUUUUCCCAUGAUUUG